AUGACAUCUGAUCUGGAUAUAUAUAAACGAAAAAACAAAGAAAUUUCAUUAAACGAAACGGAUGCUGAUAUUACAAAAAUUGGACAUUAUAUUAUCGAGGAAACACUUGGUACAGGUAGUUUUGGAAAGGUUAAAAAAGCCUAUCAUCAGUUGACCCAUCAUACGGUUGCUAUUAAAAUUGUGAAUCGUUCUAAAAUAAAACAGUUAGAUGUUGUGGGUAAAAUUCGGAAAGAAAUACAAAAUCUAAGAUUGUUUCGUCAUCCACAUAUUAUUAGACUAUAUCAAGUCAUAAGUACACCAACUGAUAUCUUUAUGAUUAUGGAAUAUGUAGCUGGUGGAGAAUUAUUUGAUCAUAUUAUUAAAAAAGGAAAAUUAAGCGAAGCAGAAGCACGUCCAUUUUUUCAACAAAUUAUAUCUGGUGUUGAUUACUGCCAUAGACAUAUGAUUGUUCAUCGUGAUUUAAAACCAGAAAAUUUAUUACUAGUUGAUGCUUCAUGUGUAAAAAUUGCCGAUUUUGGUUUAUCCAACAUGAUGAAAGAUGGUGAAUUGUUUAAAACAAGCUGUGGUUCACCGAAUUAUGCUGCACCCGAAGUUGUGUCUGGACAAUUAUAUGCUGGUCCAGAAGUCGAUAUAUGGAGUUGUGGGGUUAUUUUAUAUGCUUUGUUAACAGGAACAUUACCAUUUGAUGAGGAUAAUGUUCAGUUAUUGUUUAAAGCAAUUCGAUCUGGUAUAUUUCCAAUUCCUGAAACAUUGAAUCCAUCUGUUGUUGAUUUAUUACAAAAAAUGUUAACCGUUGAUCCUGUUAAACGGGCAACAAUGAAACAUAUAAGUGAGCAUGCAUGGUUUAAAAUCAAUUUACCCGAUUAUUUAUUUCCAAAACAAUGUGAAGAAAACACCCAUAUCAUUGACUUAGAUGCUAUACAAGAAGUUUGUGAGAAAUUUGGUGUCACUGAAUCGGAAAUGGAAGAUGCUUUAAUGACAAGUGAUCGACAUGAUCAAUUGGUUAUUGCUUAUCGGUUGAUUAUUGAUAAUAAACGAAUUUGGAAUGAAGCUCGAAAAGCUGAAAUUGCCGACUUUUUUGCUUCAUCAAGUCCUCCACAUUCGCCAUAUAUAUCACUCACAGUAAGUCAAGACUGUUGCUAACAUUAGAUAAGAAUAAAAAUGGAGUGAAGUUUCUGUUAGAGUUUAGCUUUGCGUAUCUGAUAUCUUUCCACAGUUAAAUGAUAGCAUCACUAUUUAUCAGUAGAUUUGAUCCAUGGAUGCACCUUGAAAAAGGAGAAUAAUGAGAUCGGAAAGUAUCUACUAUAAUUUAUUUUCCAGCGCUUAGAAGUAAGUACAAUAUCUUCUAGAAGUUUUAAUAGUUUUUGUGGUACUUGAACUACUCUGACUCUAAAAAUACUUCAAAGCACUAGAUCAGAUAUUAUGCUAAGUCUUUCCGUCCUCAUUUUCAUCUUCGAAGUCACUUAAGAACAUUAUCUAUCGAAAAAUGUCAAACUUCAAACAGCAAAAGCCAACGGUUUUGUGCAACAGAUACAGUUGUCUUUUGGAAAAGAAAAGGUGCCACUUUCCUUUUUUUUCAGGAAAGAAAAGAUAUAGAUUAUAUCUUUCCUCUUUACUGUUGAAAUAAAAGAUAUCACGUUACCGUUACUCUGGAAAGGAACGAGAAAGUGCCGCCCCUACUUUUCUCUCUAGUAUCAAUAUAGGAAAACAGUCAACGUGAAAUUUCAAGUACUUCAUUAUUAAAAAUUUUGACGCAAAAUAGUGUGAAAAUAUGACACAAACGUUAUUUAAACCUCUUUAUUUUAAAGACAUCAUCAGUCAGACUGGUAUGCAAAAAGUGAAUUCUAAUAUAGAAAAAAAGAAAAAUAAUACGCGUGUAGAAUAACAUCAUUAUCAUCAUACGUAAGACGUAUGAUUGCGGUGUGCUUAGAGUGUUCAGGCAAUUAGAAAAUUUGAGGAUAAAACAGUAUCAUAUAGAGAAACACGCGGUCAAGAUAAGAUACAAUGAAUCGAUCGGAAAAUGACGAAAAUCACCAUUGGAAUAAAAUGAGCAAGAGAUUCUACUAUUAUUUUUAAUAGCAGUGCGUUAAAACGCUCUAAAAGCUCAAAUUUGAGUUUUAUUUAACCCGGCGACAUAUAAAUGCGUCUAGUUGCAAUUAUUGCAUGAUCAUAAUAGCCAGAAUAAAUUUGAAAAAAGAUUUGAAUAGCUGAAAGAAUUUCCGAUCUCAGGUGAUGUAUACAAAGGCUCCAUCAAAACUCCUGAAAUCAGGGUCUCUGGAAAACUUAAAUCUCAGAAAACCAAGUCCCAGAGUUCAAUCCAGAAAUUCUUUGCAAAUAAGUUGAUCGUGUAGAGCAAACAUUUCUGAAGAAAUUGAGACGUCUCCGAGCUGUUUACGACAUUUUCUCAUGGAACAAGAAUCAAUUUACAAAAGGCCCUAAGGGGGUAUCUUCUUGUUUUUCCGUUAGUUUUGCUGCUAUGGCGCUUUCCGUAAAUUGAAUGCUGCUCCU